CGGCGGCCCAGGCGCGGAGGGGGAGACGGUCCCAAGAUGGCGGCGCUGCAGGCGGAGCGCGGGUACGGGCUGUCCUGCGGUCGCCUCGGCCGCGGCACCCGCGUCUCCGUCUUCCACGUCAAGCUCACGGAGAGCGCCCUGCGCGCCUUCGAGAGCUACCAGGCCUGUAAGGAUGCUGUGACGUCAAAACCAGUCAUCCAGUUUCAAGGAAGCCAAGGGCACAUCGCGAUCCCGAGGCCCGAUCGACCGGCGGAAGUGCGGACCUUCACGUUUUAUCUCUCCAACAUUGGCAAGGACAGUCCCCAGGGGAGCUUUGACUGCAUCCAGCAGUAUGUAUCCAGCAAUGGCAAUAUCCAUUUGGAUUGCCUGGGAAGCAUACAGGAUAAAAUCACCGUGUGUGCUACUGAUGAUUCCUACCAGAAGGCGAGGCAGAGCAUGGCACAGGCAGAGGAGGAGACUCGCAGCCGGAGCGCCAUAGUCAUUAAACCUGGGGGGAGAUAUGUAGGCAAAAAGGUUCAGGUGCGUAAACCUGCACCAGGAGCUUCCGAUGCUGUUCCCUCCAGGAAGCGCCCAACGCCAGUCAACCUUGCCAGUGCAAUAAAGAGAGGCAAUAGUGCGAUUUCCCAGAGACCCUUCAAAGAUAGGGUUGUGCACUUACUGGCACUAAAGCCUUAUAAGAAACCUGAACUUAUUCUCAGAUUGCAGAAGGAUGGACUUUCUCAGCAGGACAAGGAUUUGCUGGAUAACCUUCUGCAACAGGUGGCAAAUCUGAGUGCCAAGGACAGCACUUUCACACUGAAAGAUUGUGUAUACAAAGAAGUGCAGAAGGACUGGCCUGGCUACUCAGAAGGAGAUCAGCAGUUGUUGAAGAGGAUCCUCGUUAGGAAGCUCUGCCAGCCCCAGAACAGCGGCGGUUUCCAGGGAGAAGCGCCUUCCCUGAGCCCUCCGAAGGACACCGUCAGCUCCAGCUCUCCCCCUCAGAAACGAUCCCAACCUCUGGAGUUCAUCGACCCCCUGGCCAACAAAAAGCCCAGGAUCUCGCAUUUGGCUCACAGAACUCAACCCACUUUCAACGGGAAGCUGAAUUCCUCCAACGGGAAGGACACCCCGGCCCCCCCUGCCCUGCCCCCGGCCCUGCCGGAGCCGGUGAGCUCCAGCUCCACCCUCCCGGCGCUGGAGCUGCCCAGGCCUCACGAUCCCCUCUCGGAUGUCAGCAACGACCUGACUCACAACGGCAGAGACUGUGAGAGCACGGAGCCUCCCGACAGACUGAGUCACCCCCUGCCCACAGACUGUGCCCAGAGCAGCAAACACAACUGCGGCUCCUACGUCAAAUCCAAGAAAAAAUCCAAAAAGCACAAAGACAAGGAGAAGGAGAGGAAGGAGAAGAAAAGCGAGGAGAAGUGCAAAGAGGAGAAGCAGAACUGUGAAGUAAUAAAAAAUGCUGACUUAGUUAGUGUUCCCCAGGAACAGGUCCCAGGUUUAAAUGGAACAUGCAAUAAUUCUAGUGUACCAACAUCAACUUCAGAAAUGCCAGAUUAUUUAUUAAAAUACGCAGCCAUUUCCUCCUCGGAGCAGCGUCAGAGCUACAAGAACGACUUCAACGCGGAAUACAACGAGUACAGGGACUUGCACGCCCGGAUAGAGCGGAUAACCCGACGGUUCACCCAGCUGGACGCCAAGCUGAAGCAACUUUUGCAGGGCUCUGAGGAAUAUAAGACCAUCCACGAUCAAAUUUUACAGGAAUAUCGGAAAAUUAAAAAGACAAACCCCAACUACAGCCAAGAGAAGAACCGCUGCGAAUACCUCCACAACAAACUGGCCCACAUCAAAAAACUGAUAGCAGAGUAUGACCAGCAGCAGUUUUAGCUGCCACUCACCCCUGGACUGGGUAGGGCAAACCAAAAUCCAGUCACCCUGGACGUUACGUUCCCUUUUAUACACCCAAAAUCCCUUUCAGAGACGAGCAUUAAUUCCUCGCGGUUGAAGAACUUGGGGAUGACUUUAAGAUGCCAGAUCUGUCAUGUCCACGUCCAGCACGCUUCUCCCGAGUUUUUAAGCCUCUCUGAAUGUUGGAAUGUAACAAAUGGAUAACAAAAAAAAAAAAAAAAAAAAAAAUCACAAAAAAUACCCAACCAAACAAAAAAAUUCUGCUUAUUUGAAGCCAGUGUUUGACACUUAAGGGAAAACUUGCCUAAAGUGACCGAAGCUCCCACAGGUUAAGAAUCUGUAAAAAGUUUGGCAUGAAGUUGUAAUUCCCCCUGGCCCAGCUCCACGUGGGUUACAAAUUGUCCUGCAAAUGGUGAGGAACUGGAAUUGCUGCUAGGACUGUUCGGAAUGAGAGCUGUGUGCUCCCGGCUCCGCGGAAAUACACCACGUUCCCUGAGCUCUCCUUGUCUGUCCCUGCUUUGUCAUCCUCGGGGGGGAGGGAAUUGUGGCAGCACAGGGGGUCCCCUGGGGCUCAGCACCUUGGCCAGGGAAGAGGUGGAUCCCAAAAAAACAAAACCCCUCCCAAAACCCCUUUUUUUCAAUCCGCUCUGUGCGUUUGGGUGCAAACCUUCUGCCCAGUCCGCCCAAUUCACCUCCAGCUACCAGUGCUGGGAAGAUGGAGACCUGUCUGGCUUUGACUUUUCUAAUUUUCUACCAAGGCAGCCAAUUUUAUUAAUUGCUAAUGAGACUAUGGUCUAUUUUUGUAUCAAAAAAAAAAAAAAAAAGAGGAAAGAAAAAAGCAUCUUUUUUCUAAAACUGUGCCUCCCUUUUCCUUUUAGGCCAAGUGCUUGGGACCCUUUCCUUGCAGUAUUACUAAAACUUACCCAAGAGUCACCCAGACGAGUGACUUUAUUCCCUGAUCCAUGAGAGGAGGGGGUGGGGGGUGCUCUGCUUUCUCCUGGGAUAUUUUUUUUUGUGUGUGUGUGUCUUUCCAAGGCAGCAGCAAAUCCUUGUGGGAGCAGUAAGGUGCUGUUUUCCCACGCGGAUCCCUUCCACCACUGGUGUGCUUUAUCUCAGCCAGCUUCUCCCUGCAGUCCUGCUUCCUGAUUUUUUUUUUUUUUUUUAAAUUCUUUACUUUAGAUUGAAGGGAACGUUUUAGAGUAUGGCCAGGGUGUGAGAAACACUCCGAAAAGCACAAAGGUGUCCUUUAACUCUGCUGUUCCUUUCUUUCUCUCCCCUCUCCCCUUUUUAAUCCUGCCAGCCUGUGGGAUUUGACUUCUUCCCGCUUCCGUUUAUCUCAAAGUAAAGGAUUCCUUCCCUGUGGAGUCUCCUUCCCUUGGAGGUUGCACUGAAGAGCCUUUCACCCUUUGAAGGAGAGGAAUGGCAGAGUUAAGGAGGGAAACACUUCUUACAACAAGGAGUUAUUUGAGUUUUUUCCUGCCCCAAACAAAACGUGGGUCCAUCUGCUGUAUUAAAAAUAGGUGAUAAAAUUAUUAAUUAUUAUUAUAAUUAUUAUUAUUUCAUUGUUGUCACACAGCCAGGGCCACUGCUUUUGCUUUGUCACUUUAUUCUGAGGUCUCUCCCUGUGCAUCCAGCGCUCAGUAGGGCUUUGCCGUCCCCUUCUCCAAGGGAAAGGUGACAGCCAGAGGGACACGGUGGCCGUGGCCCUUGGAAUGCCACUGGAAUGCCACCAGUCUUCCACUGGUCCUCAGCCCCAAACCUGUGGAGAAGGAGGGUGGGAAGAGAUGCUCUGCCCAAGGAGCACAGGGGGAGCACCCCAGAACCCCCCCAGGGCGUUCCUGCUGGGAAUCUUGGGGGUCAGGAUUGCUUUGCUCCCGUCCCUUCCUCCCCAGAUCAAAUCAAAACCAAAUCAGGGAGCGUUUGUGCAGCACCACCUGCCUCUGGUGCUUCUGGAAAACGCUGGGAGCUCUGGAGGCAAGGAGCUUUUGUCUGGAAAAUUUCGUGCUCCUGCUCCGUGGGGCCUUGCCGGGAAUCCCAGCCGGGAAUUCUGGCAGCGGGGUGGGCGCGCCCGGAGCCGUGGGGAUCUGGGAGGGGAUGAGGAGGACCUGGGAUGUCACAAACCCUCAGCCCCGCUGUGGGAUUGUCACUGCACAGCCCGGCAUCGCCGGCCCUGCCCAGUGCCGGGAUUUUGGGGUGGAAAAACUGAAUUUCCCCAGUGCUAGGGCUUGGUGGGGGCUUCGUUCCGACUGCGGUGGAGGCGGAACUCGGGAUGGCAGAAGAGGCAGCAGCUACAAACCCAGGAUGAGUAAAUUCUUUCAUGGAAACACUUCUCCUGAUCCUUAAUAUUUUGAAAGGAGGGGGUUUUUCUUCUGUUGUUGCUUGGGGGGGGGGGGGGGGGGCGGGAUAGAGAUGGAUCUCAAUCUUUAUACAUCUGCUAUAAGAUAUUUUUGCAAACAGAGUUGUAUACAAAGAUGUAUUGUGUACAUUUACAUGUAUAUUCUGGAACUUCUAAAAAAUUUGAAUAUAAAAAAACCCCUGAAAAUAUUUAAUGAAUUAUCCAAACUGUGAGACCCAAUUAGCAUCCACCAACUUCCUGCUUCACUUUUUCUUUUGGACUGUGUUAAAGAAUUGUAGUCGAAUCUGCCUUUUUUUUUUCUUUUUAUUUUUUCUUUUUUUUUUCUUUUUAGAGACGAUGAAGCUUAGGCAAAAUUUUGUGCUUUUUGGGUUAAUAGAAACCAGUUCUAGGUGAUUAAGUAUGAUCUUAACUUAUUGAUACUGUGUUUUACUUUGUAAUAUUGUACUGUGGAUAAAAACUAUAUUGAGCCAUGGAGUUGGAGUUUACAAAAGAGCUUUCACUUUGCCAAAAUGUUACAAUUUCAAGGCAGCAUAGUCUUCAGCUUUCCUAAUCUUUUUUCUUAAGAGCUAGUGUCCUUUUUUUGUACACUAAAAAAGCUGAAUGCUGAUUUUGCAACAUAUAAUAAAUUCACUGUAUUGGAAAACAA